UGGCGACUAAACAGUCAGUCAUACAGACAGUGUGUUUGUUUGUCUGUCUGUCUGUCGGUCUUGUCGUUGGUCUUUUACUUCUCUAAAACAUUUGAUUUGAUCCAAACAUUUUGGACACCGACAGCUGAUCCCGUAAUCAUCAUCUUCUUCAUCAUCAUCACCGACAAUGGCAUUGAUGACAUCGGGUCCGAUAGCCGAACGCAAUCAAGACGCUACCAUCUAUGUCGGCGGAUUGGAUGAAAAAGUUACCGAAGCCAUACUAUGGGAACUGUUUGUCCAGGCCGGGCCAGUGGUCAACGUUCAUAUGCCCAAAGAUCGGGUUACUGUCCAACACCAAGGCUACGGUUUUGUUGAAUUUAUGUCCGAAGAAGACGCCGACUACGGUAUUAAGAUCAUGAAUAUGAUCAAACUCUACGGCAAACCGAUUCGGGUGAACAAAGCUUCGGCUCAUCAGAAAAACUUGGACGUCGGCGCCAACAUAUUCAUCGGUAAUCUCGAUCCGGAAGUCGACGAAAAACUAUUGUACGAUACGUUCUCGGCUUUUGGUGUCAUUUUGCAGACACCGAAAAUCAUGAGAGAUCCGGAAACUGGUAAUAGCAAAGGCUAUGCAUUCGUGAAUUUUGCCAGUUUUGAUGCCUCCGAUGCGGCCAUCGAAGCCAUGAACGGCCAGUAUCUGUGCAAUCGGGCCAUAACUAUUAGCUAUGCAUUCAAAAAGGAUGCCAAAGGCGAACGACACGGAUCGGCCGCCGAACGACUACUGGCCGCCCAGAAUCCGCUAGCCCAGGCCGACCGACCGCAUCAAUUGUUUGCCGACGCGCCGCCAAUGGCCGGCCAGGCGGCAGUAGCACCGCCGCCGGCAGCCAUGGCACCGAUGAUGAUGCCGAUGGCGCCCCAGCACGCUGUACCGCACGCUGGCGGUCUCCAGCAAAUGUACUACGGUCACGGUGGCCACGAAGCCGAUGCCCUGAAUAUGAUGCAAAUGAUGGGCUGGGGUAUGGCUCCGCCACCCCAACAACGACCCCAACCGCCGCCUCCACCACAGGCCCAGUUCUUUCCGCCGCCACCACCGCCACAGUUUGCGGCAAUGCAACCGCCGCCGCCUCCGUUUGCCAACGUUCCGCCUCCACCGCCACCACCCGGUCCUCCGCCGCCGCCACCGGGAAUGCCGCCUCAGUUUACAACAGCAGCACCGCCUCCGCCCCCACCCCCACCACCUCCUCCACCGCCGCCGCCUCAGUAG